UAGUGUUUUGAGAGAGAAAGAGAAAGAAAAAGAGAGAGAGAGAGAGAGAAUCUAUGGCUUUGCUUCUGUUAUCUUCUGUGUUUAACUUAGCAUUAAUGGUGUUUCUUUUAUUCAUGUUCUUGAGAGUGUUGCUUUCUUGCUGGAUUUUGCCUAUUUUAGCAUAUCAUAAGAUUAAAACGAGUGGGCUUCGAGGCCCGACUCCAAAAUUUCCUUUUGGGAAUAUCAGUGAGAUGAUGAAGAAGAAGACGAAAAGUGAUUCUUCAUCACUUGGGUCGUCUUCAACUAUCUCUCAUGAUAUACACUCAUCUCUUUUUCCUUACUUUGCUCGAUGGCAACAGUCUUAUGGCAAAGUGUUCAUCUACUGGCUGGGUACAGAGCCAUUUUUACGCAUUGCAGAUCCAGAGUUUCUUAAGAAAUCGUCUUCAGGGGUUAUGGGAAAGAGUUGGGGAAAACCAAACGUAUUUAAAUAUGACAGAAAACCCAUGUUUGGUGACGGGUUAAUCAUGGUUGAAGGUGAUGAAUGGGUUCGUCUUCGGCAUGUAAUCACACCUGCAUUCUCUUCCUCCAACUUGAAGGCUAUGGCAAGUUUAAUGGUGGAGUCCACCUCUAAAAUGCUAGACAAGUGGAGUAGCCUCACAAAUUCUGGGAACCCAGAAAUCGACGUGGAGAGAGAAAUUAUAGCAACGGCCGGUGAAAUCAUAGCAAAAACCAGCUUCGGCAUAAGCUACGAAAAUGGAAGAGAAGUAUUAAAAAAAUUAACCGACAUGCAGGUUGCACUUUUCAAGUACAACCGCUAUGUGGGUGUCCCUUUCAGCAGUUUUAUGAACCCUAUGCAAAACUUGGAGGCCAUAAAACUUGGAAAAGAAAUAGAUAGUCUUCUUCAAUCGAUCAUAACUGCCCGAAAGAAAGCUGGUAAUAACGGGCACCCUUCGAAAGACUUAUUGGGACUAUUGCUGGAAGCAAACGAUGUGGAAGACCGGAAAGGGAAGAGAUUAACGGAAAGGGAACUGAUCGAUCAGUGCAAGACUUUCUUCUUCGGCGGUCAAGAAACGACAGCUUUGGCAUUGUCGUGGACUUUGAUGCUUUUGGCAAUCAAUCCAGAGUGGCAAAACCAGUUGAGAGAGGAGAUAAGAGAAGUGAUUGGAGAUAAAGAUAUUGAUUUCCAAUUGCUUGCUGGACUAAAGAAGAUGGGAUGGGUGAUGAAUGAAGUUCUACGGCUAUAUUCACCGGCACCAAAUGCGCAAAGGCAAGCGCGCCAAAAUAUUAAAGUUGAUGACGUGGUGGUUCCCAGAGGAACCAAUUUGUGGAUUGAUGUGGUGGCCAUGCAUCAUGAUCCCACUUUGUGGGGCGACGACGUGAAUGAGUUCAAGCCAGAGAGGUUCGGGGACGAUCCAUUAUACGGUGGGUGCAAACACAAGAUGGGUUUUUUGCCUUUUGGUUUUGGAGGGAGAAUGUGUGUUGCUCGGAACUUGGCCAUGAUGGAGUAUAAGGCUGUUUUAACCAAAAUUCUAUCGAGGUUUUCUGUGAAGCUCUCCCCAAAUUAUCGCCAUGCGCCUUCGAUUGUGCUCUCCCUCAGGCCGACCCAUGGGUUGCCCCUCAUAGUUGAACCCCUGUAAUCAGUUUAAUCAAUCACAAAGUUUUUCUAUAAUGUAGUGAGUUGAUAGAUUACGAGGUGUAUUACAUCGUAUAAUCUUUGCUAUGCUUAAGUGUGAACAAUCGCACUUAAGGACUGAUAAGCUCACUGGUUAAUAAUAGUUCCAGGGACAGCAGCAGUAUUACCUAACACAGUGGUGUUACCUGCGUUUGGUGGAGGUACUGUUUGAUUGAGAGGAGGAACAUUCUGAAUUCGAUUUAGGAAAGAGGCAUCUAGAGUUGCCUGUGAAGAAUUUGAUCGUGGAGAAGAGGAGGUAGACAUUGUUUGAAGAGAAUAGAUAGAUGAAGAAAAAAAAAUUCUGAUCUAUGACAGUAAUAGCUCCAUAAUUGAUAACAGCAAUGCUAGUCUUAUAAAGAAGCCUACAAGUGAGGCAUAUAAAGACAAUCCCCCACCCUUAAUCUUCAUAAUUUCUCUCUCUCUCUCUCUUUCUCUUUUUCCCUUUUUCUUUGUUUUUUUCUUCACUUUGUAGGCUUCUUUGUAGAAGUCUUUGUAAAGAUAGACUUAUUCAAUUGAUAAAUAACAGAUAUAAA